AUGGUGGUCCUCCGCAGCAGCCUAGAGCUGCACAGCCACUCCGCCUCCUCGGCCACCGACCCCUUGGACCUGUCCAACGAGUUCCUCAGCCUGGAGCAGAUCGGCCGGAGGCGGCUCCGCUCGGCCCGCGCCCCUGAGCAGUCCGCCGUCACCGCUACCGCGGCGGGCGAUGGGUCUUCAGUUAAGGAAGUUGAAACCUACCACCGGACGCGUGCCUUAAGGUCUUUGAGAAAAAAUGCACAGAAUUCUUCAGAUUCUAGUUUUGAUAAGAAUAUGGAAAUAACAGAGAAACGUGCUAAUGGAAGGCAUUUUACAAGGCAAUUGGCCAGACAGCAGGCUGAUAAGAAAAAAGAAGAGUGCAAAGAAGACAAAGUGGUUCCGGUUACUCGUUCGUUGAGGACUAGAAACAUUGUUCAAACUAAAGAACGCUUGCAUGAAGAGAAUGGUGAUGUUGAAGUUCGCCGAAGUUGUAGGAUUCGAAGUCGUUACAGUAGUGUGAACCAAUCUGUGCUGUUUGACAAACUUAUAACAAACACUGCUGAAGCUGUACUUCAAAAAAUGGAUGACAUGAAGAAGAUGCGUAGACAGCGAAUGAGGGAACUUGAAGACUUGGGAGUGUUUAAUGAAACAGAAGAAGAGAAUCUUAAUAUGUACACAAGAGGAAAACAAAAAGGUAUUCAAAGAACUGAUGAGGAAACAACUGACAAUCAAGAAGGCAGUGUGGAAUCAUCUGAAGAGGGUGAAGACCAAGAAGAUGAAGAUGAUGACGAAGAUGAUGAAGAUGAUGACGAUGAAGAUGAAGAAGAUGGGGAAGAAGAUAAUCAGAAACGAUAUUAUCUUAGACAGAGAAAAGCUACUGUUUAUUACCAGGCUCCAUUGGAAAAACCUCGUCACCAGAGAAAGCCCAACAUAUUUUACACUGGCCCAGCUUCUCCUGCAAGACCAAGAUAUAGAUUAUCUUCUGCGGGACCAAGAAGUCCUUAUUGUAAACGAAUGAACAGGCGAAGGCAUGCAAUCCACAGUAGUGACUCUACUUCAUCUUCCUCUUCUGAAGAUGAACAGCACUUUGAGAGACGGAGAAAAAGGAGCCGCAAUAGAGCUAUCAACAGGUGCCUCCCACUAAAUUUUCGGAAAGAUGAAUUAAAAGGAAUUUAUAAAGAUAGAAUGAAGAUUGGAGCAAGUCUUGCAGAUGUUGAUCCAAUGCAACUAGAUUCUUCAGUACGAUUUGAUAGCAUUGGUGGCCUGUCUAAUCAUAUUGCAGCUCUAAAAGAGAUGGUGGUGUUUCCAUUACUUUAUCCAGAAGUCUUUGAAAAAUUCAAAAUUCAACCUCCAAGAGGUUGUUUGUUUUAUGGCCCACCUGGAACUGGAAAAACUAUGGUUGCUAGAGCACUUGCCAAUGAGUGCAGUCAAGGGGAUAAAAGGGUAGCAUUCUUCAUGAGGAAAGGUGCUGAUUGUCUGAGUAAAUGGGUCGGAGAGUCUGAAAGACAGCUACGAUUGCUAUUUGAUCAGGCUUAUCAGAUGCGCCCAUCCAUUAUUUUUUUUGAUGAAAUUGAUGGUCUGGCUCCUGUACGAUCCAGCAGGCAAGAUCAGAUUCACAGUUCCAUUGUUUCCACCUUGCUAGCUCUUAUGGAUGGAUUGGACAGCAGAGGAGAAAUUGUGGUCAUUGGUGCUACCAACAGACUGGAUUCUAUCGAUCCUGCUUUGCGAAGGCCUGGUCGCUUUGACAGAGAAUUCCUUUUCAGCCUACCUGACAAAGAUGCUCGAAAAGAAAUUCUUAAGAUUCAUACAAGAGAUUGGAAUCCUAAACCACUGGACAUAUUUCUAGAAGAACUAGCAGAAAACUGUGUUGGAUACUGUGGUGCAGAUAUUAAGUCAAUAUGCUCUGAGGCCGCUUUAUGUGCUCUGCGUCGACGCUACCCACAAAUUUAUACCACUAGUGAGAAACUACAGUUGGAUCUCUCUUCAAUUAACAUCUCAGCUAAGGAUUUUGAGGUAGCCAUGCAAAAGAUGAUACCAGCUGCCCAAAGAGCUGUGACAUCACCUGGGCAGGCAUUAUCCACUGUUGUGAAACCACUCCUACAAAGUACUGUUCACCAGAUCUUAGAAGCCCUGCAGAGAGUAUUUCCACAUGCAGAAAUCAGAACAAAUAAAGCUUUAGACUCAGAUAUUUCUUGUCCUCUGCUAGAAAGUGACUUGGCAUACAGUGAUGAUGAUGUUCCAUCCGUAUAUGAAAAUGGGCUUUCUCAAAAAUCCUUUAAUAAGGCAAAAGAAAAUUUUAAUUUUCUUCAUUUGAAUAGAAAUGCAUGUUAUCAACCUAUGUCUUUUCGACCAAGAAUAUUGAUAGUGGGAGAGCCAGGAUUUGGGCAGGGUUCUCAUUUGGCACCAGCUGUCAUCCACGCUUUGGAAAAAUUUGCAGUAUAUACCUUAGACAUUCCUGUUCUUUUUGGAGUCAGUGCUACAUCUCCUGAAGAAACGUGUGCCCAGAUGAUUCGUGAAGCUAAGAGAACAGCACCAAGUAUAGUAUAUGUUCCUCAUAUCCACUUGUGGUGGGAAAUAGUUGGACCAACACUGAAAGCCACAUUUAUUACAUUGUUACAGAAUAUUCCUUCAUUUGCUCCAGUUUUACUACUUGCAACUUCUGACAAACCCCAUUCUGCUCUGCCAGAAGAGGUGCAAGAAUUAUUUAUCCGUGAUUAUGGAGAAAUUUUUAAUGUCCAGUUACCUGGUAAAGAAGAACGGACAAAAUUUUUUGAAGAUUUAAUUCUAAAGCAAGCUGCUAAACCUCCUGUAUCAAAAAAGAAAGCAGUUUUGCAGGCCUUGGAGGUUCUCCCUGUGGCACCACCACCUGAGCCAAGACCUCUAACAGCAGAAGAAGUGAAACGACUAGAAGAACAAGAAGAAGAUACAUUUAGAGAACUGAGGAUUUUCUUGAGAAAUGUUACACAUAGGCUUGCUAUUGACAAGCGAUUCAGAGUAUUUACUAAACCUGUUGACCCUGAUGAGGUUCCUGAUUAUGUCACUGUGAUAAAGCAACCAAUGGACCUUUCAUCUGUAAUCAGUAAAAUUGAUCUCCACAAGUAUCUGACUGUGAAAGACUAUUUGAGUGAUAUUGAUCUGAUCUGUAGUAAUGCUUUAGAAUACAAUCCGGAUAGGGAUCCUGGAGAUCGUCUAAUUAGACAUAGAGCCUGUGCUUUAAGAGAUACUGCCUAUGCAAUAAUUAAAGAAGAACUUGAUGAAGACUUUGAGCAGCUUUGUGAAGAAAUUCAGGAAUCUAGAAAGAAGAGAGGUUGUAGCUCCUCCAAAUAUGCCCCAUCUUACUAUCAUGUGAUGCCAAAGCAAAAUUCCACCUCUGUUGGUGAUAAAAGAUCAGAAUCAGAGCAGAAUGAUAAACUAAAGACACCCAGUACUCCUGUGGCUUGCAGUACUCCUGCUCAGUUGAAGAGGAAAAUCCGCAAAAAGUCAAAGUGGUACUUAGGCACCAUAACAAAACGAAGGAGGAUUUCACAGGUGAAAGAUGAGAGCCAAAAUGUCACAGAUGACAAGAUUGAGAGUGAUACAGAGGAAAAUCAAGACACAAGUGUAGACCACAAUGAGACUGGAAACACAGGAGAGUCCUCAGUGGAAGAAAAUGAGAAACAGCAAAAUGCCUCUGAAAGCAAAAUAGAAUUGGGGAAUAAUAACUCAAGUAUUUGUGAUAUUGAGCAUGAACUUGAAGAAUCUGGGAAAACUAUAGCAUGCACAGAAUUGAGGAAAGAUAAAAUUGUUUGCAACGGAGAUGCUUCUGGCUCUCAGAUAAUAGAUAUUUCUGAUGAAAAUGAAGCUAAAGAAAUGUGCAUUCUGCGAAUGACUCGAGCUAGACGUUCCCAAGUAGAGCAACAGCAACUCAUCAGUGUUGAAAAGGCUUUGGCAAUUCUUUCCCAGCCUACACCCUCACUUGUUGUGGACCAGGAGCGAUUAAAAAAUCUUUUGAAGACUGUUGUUAAAAAAAGUCGAGAAUACAAUAUUUUUCAGUUGGAGAAUUUAUAUGCAGUAAUCAGCCAAUGUAUUUAUCAGCAUCGCAUGGACUAUGACAAAACAGCACUUAUUCAGAAAAUGGAGCAAGAGGUAGAAAACUUCAGUUGUUCCAGAUCAUGA